UUAAUGUUGCAGUUGGCCUUGUCUGCUGAAUAGAUCUUGCUCACUUUCAACCAGUUCAUUAGCAUCCCUGUUAUCAUCCAUUUCCUCUUCAUCUUCUUCACGAUCAGCCAGAUGCAAUACAAUGUCAAAGAAUUGAUUUCGCUGGCUAGAAGGCCAUCAUCUUGUUUUGACAAGGAAGGAAAACUGAACAUAUGCAGAAUGCUAAGGGAUGGUAAAUGUAUAGAGCCAAGAGAGAGAUGGUGUCGUCUGAAAGGAAAUCUGCUCUUUCUAAUGAAAAAUAAGAAUAAGUGUUGUGACGCUGCUGAGUUAGUAAUCCUGGAGCGGUGCUGUGUUGUGGAAUUCAGGAAUAAAGCAGAUGUUUCAGUAGUGCUCAAGUUUCAGAGUGGAGAACCAGAUCUUUACCUUGAAGCUGCAUCAAGAUCUGACUGUGAAUCUUGGGUUGUGGCUCUCGGAGAGGCAAGUUCUGAAGGUCUGCACAAUAAAAUCGAGCAGCUCCAGAGACUGAUCAUGGAAAUCAAGGAAGAAAGAGCAGCAGAUGAAGUACACCAGCUCAUUCCAUCAGCACAGGCAGACAAUCUUGCAGAGUCUAAGCUUACAAAUCUUCAGAGGACUGUCAGUGAACCAAAACUUGAAUUCAGUCUUGCAUGUAAAGAUCUAGUGGCUCCAACUCGUGAUCGAAAACUGAAUACAUUUGUGCAGAUCACCGUGGUUCAACCUGGAGAACAGUCUUCAACACGAUAUACAAGCACAGAAAUUGUGGAGGGAACAAGAGACCCACUGUUUCUGACUGGUGUGACGUUCCCCCCGGAUUACCCUAUCUAUGAGGAGACUAAAAUAAAACUAACAGUCUAUGAUGUCAAGGAUAAAUCUCAAGACACGGUCCGCACCAGCAUUCUGGCAGAACAGAAAGAGCCAAGGACAGAUACUGGCCGAAGCUUCCUGGGUUGUACUACAUUUAAAGUAGGGGAUUUGGUGAAAUCAAAGGAGCAGCCACUGACACUCAGCCUGAGGAGUACGGAUGGUGGGAAAACAUUUGGCACUAUAGAUGUCAGCCUUGUGAAGAUGGGGGAGACAGAGAAUGGGGAGGCAGAUCACAUCACAACAGAUGUGCAGGGACAAAAGUGUGCCUUGGUUUAUGAGUGUACAUCUCCAGAAAACACCAGUAGUAAAGACAAUUUACCUUUAUUAAAUGCAGUGUUAAAAAACCCGAUCUGUAAGUUAUAUAGAUUCCCCACUUCUGACAACAAGUGGAUGUGUGUACGAGAACAGAUGUCUGAGAGCACUCUUUCUUUUCAUAUUCCCAAGGAACUCAUCAGCCUGCACAUAAAGGAGGAUAUGAGAAGGAAUCAGGACCUUAAUGAACUCGGGGAACUUGCUCCACAUUGGGACAAUAUGCGGAAAAGUGUUAUUGCACACUGUGAUCAAAUGUUAGCUCUCUACCAAAGCAUGCUUGCAGAACUUGGGAAGUAUACAGGCUCUUCUUUCAAAUCAAGCUGCAGUAAAGGAGAAAAGACACUAGAAUUUGUUCCAAUCAAUCUACAUCUGCAGAGAAUGUAUGUGCACAGUCCUCGGUUAAAAGAUGCUCUCUAUGAUGUCAUCACAGUAGGAGCCCCUGCGGCACAUUUUCAGGGAUUUAAAAAUGGUGGUCUUCAGAAACUACUAAAUAAAUUUGAGGCAGAAAGGCGAAAUACUGGGUACCAAUGUAUUUACUAUUCACCUGAAAACACAGCCAAGGCAAAAGAAGUUCUUAGUAGCAUCAAUCAUCUGCAGCCUCUCAUAUCAAGCCAUGCAGACCUGCUGCUUAAUUCUGCAAGGCAGCAUUUGCCAGACAGCUUGAAGAAUUCCUUAAAGAUGCUUUCAGAAACGACAGAGUUAUUUGUACAUGCAUUUAAGGAUCAGCUGAUCAGAAGUGCCCUUUUAGCUCUAUACACAGCCCGUCCAGGUUGUGUCCUAAAAAAACCAACUGUGCCAAGGAACAGUGCUGAAGAGAGUGGGGAUCAUUCGAGUCAGGAGCAUCCAUCCCAAAUCAAGAGACAAGAUUCUAUACCUCACCAUUCGGAAUAUGACGAGGAAGAGUGGGACAGGGUGUGGGCCAAUGUGGGGAAGAGUUUAAACUGCAUUAUUGCAAUGGUGGAUAGACUGCUUGAAAAAGACAACAUCACUACGGAAAAUGGAAAUGACCCUCUACCAGCAGAGCAUGUGGCAGAGCAUCUAAGUGGUGACUGGUAUGAACAGCUUUAUCCACUCACAGUUACGCUGAAGGACUGUAUUGGAGAGGUGGUGACUAGGGCAAAGCAAUCAAUGUCUUUUGUUCUGCUUCAGGAGCUUGCAUGUAGCUUGCCACAAUGCUUAAUGCUGACCCUAAGAAGAGAUAUUGUCUUCAGUCAAGCACUUGCUGGAUUGGUCUGUGGGUUUAUAAUCAAAUUGCACUCCAGUUUACGGGAUCAAGGCUUCCUGCAGCAGCUUCAUACAGUCGGGCUAAUUGUUCAGUAUGAAGGACUCCUCAGUACAUAUAGUGAAGAAAUUGGAAUGCUAGAAGACAUGGCUGUGGGAAUAUCAGAUUUACAAAAAGUCAUGUUUAAAAUAACUGAAGCCAAAUCAGAUGACCUCUUGCCUAUUAUAACUGGAAGGCGGGGACAUUAUGUAAUAGAAAUCAAGCUCCCAGGAAAGAUGUUUGAGCUGCUUCCACAAGAGAUUAAAGAAGGGAAACUGCUCCAUGUAUAUCCAGUUCUCUUUAAUGUAGGAAUCAAUGAGCAGCAAACACUCGCAGAGAGGUUUGGAGAUACCUCUUUGCAAGAAACUGUUAACCAGGAAAAUCUGGAGCUGCUGAAAGAGUAUUACAAGCUGUUCACAGAAAAAAUGCCUCCUGAUUGCCUACCACAUUUUCAAGAACAGAAUGACUUAAAAGGAUUACUAGAAAAUCUCCAUCAAAAUAUUCAGGCUAAAAAAAGAAAGAAUGUAGAAAUCAUGUGGCUGGCUGCAACGAUUUGCCGCAAGCUAAAUGGAAUCCGGUUCACCUGUUGUAAAAGUGCCAAAGAUAGGACAUCAAUGUCAGUGACACUGGAACAAUGUUCAAUUUUAAGAGAUGAGCAUCAGCUGCACAAAGACUUUUUUAUCCGAGCACUUGACUGUAUGAGGAGAGAAGGAUGCCGCAUAGAGAAUGUACUGAAGAAUAUCAAAUGCAGAAAGUAUGCUUUCAACAUGAUACAGCUGAUGGCUUUCCCAAAGUACUACCGACCACCAGAGGGAACAUACGGAAAAGCUGACACCUAAGUUUUAGACACAACACAAAAAAAGGAUGUGUGUGCAGGAUCACACACCUGUGUUCAUUAGUUGACACAAAAUUGCUUUGUGUGUCUCACAGGUGGGGCAUACAUGAGAGGAAAAAUACCUAGGACCUGUUCUCCCCCAACUGUACUGUCAAUCAAAAGUAAACAUCAAUAAAAUAUGGUAGAUUGAAUGUUCUGGCAACCAGCUGUUUGUUAAAUAAAAGCCUUUUUUAUAACAACAAUAACAACAACAAUAAUGUAGAUUGUAUUUCAUAAGCCUACCAGAAUUAAAGGUUCGGUCACUAGUCAGAUAGAAGGCCAAAUGUUGAGUCAGUAGGGGUCACUCUGAGCCUGGACUUGAAAGUAAAUCCCACUUCUAUACAAAGCAACAUUGAAUUGUCUAAGAUACUAUCUACUGGAUUAAAGGCAAAGCUAAGGUGCUGCUCAGCUGUGGUGCAUAAGACCCACGAUACGUUUAGAAAAGGAAUGUUAAUAUUGGCGACCUUGCAUUAGUAAAUAUUUGCUACAUUUUGGGAUAAACACUGCAGUUCCAGCUACAUACAUUGUUAAUGCAGCAACAAAAAACUAAGUUCACACACUGCUCUAAGCCUUGGGCUUUAAGCCAUGUAAUGUAUUACAGUUGCCUUGGAAUCAGGAUCUGGGGUUUUACCUGUCAUUCUCAGUGGUGUUAAGCGACAACCUCUGUAAGCAAUUAUGAAACAAGGAUGGCCACUGGAGUAUGUCCUCUGUGCACUCUGAAAGCACCAAGAGGGAAAAGGAGAUUCAGCUACUGGUUAUAAUAAAUGUUUGUAUGUAAAUGACAGUGAUAAUAAUUUAUUAAAAUUGUAACCUGCAGAAUCAAAACAAUCAGGGUAAUAUGGGUUCUCAGAAGCAUUAGCUCUAGCAAUGCUGUGUUAAAAUGCCAUCUGGCAUCCCACUUUUGUUAAUAUUUAUGUGAUUAGUCCCACUGAAUUUAAUAUGUUUCAAACCAUUUGCUUACUUAAAAUAAUCAUGAAUUAAUCAGGAGUGAAGACAAUUCCUUGUCAACACAGUAUCUUAUUGUGCAUGUUGAUGUCAUGUAGCAAAGAAACAAACCAAAAUAUAAAGAAUAACUAAAUGUGAACAUUAAAAAUAAAAAUACAGUAUGUCAGUAAGCAUCUUAGAAUGUAGUCAUAUUACUUACUGAAAAUUUAGCUUUCUGGAAUAAUUCACACAUGAAGGAAAAAAUGUACCGUGGCUGAAUUUUGUUGUAAGAUGUAAAUUAUUCUAAAGCAAUAGCAACACAUACUUUAAUCAGAAAUAGAACAUUCUGACUGAAGUCCACAAAGGAUUAAGUCCAUGAGAAAUUUUAAUGGCCAGAAGUGCAAUUUUCCAAGGAUGGUCACCACUGUUGAAGUGAGUGGGAGCUAGUAAAGAAUGCUAUUUUCCAUUCAUUUCAGUUUCCUGCAAGGUCUUUAGUACUGAUGAGUGCAGGUGGAGGCUAAAAGAGCAUAUCUCUCUUGUGUUUGGUUAAAACCUAAACCAUGUUGCUGCUAUAAGUAAAUCAAAGUCUGGACUGAUUAUUUUUAGAAGUUUCAUCACUGAAGUUUCAGGUAUCUUUCAAAAGAAAGGUGGCAGGUUGGCAGUUUGCCUCUGGAAAAGUAUAAUACUUCAGGGACUUAUUCUUUAAUGCUAAGUUUUGUAGAAAAAUAGGAGAAAUUCUGUGAACAGCAGGAAAAAUCAUGAAUGCAGGAAAGUGCCAAAUACAGUGCAUUUUAACUUAUGCUCCAGAACACAAUGCUACUGAGUUAGCAUAUACAACUGGCUGACAUUUUUAAAUUAUUUAAUACUAUAUAGUGUUUUCUGCAUGCUUAAGACCACUGGUUUCUGGAGUGCUUUACAGCCCUAAUGAAUGUGUGUUUACAGCACUUCCAGUGCCAUUAGACUUUGCUUGACCCUUAUGUAUUAUUUCUUUGGCUAUUUUUUU